AUGGAAGCCAACCUGGAUGAAGCCCAAGCCCAGGCUGAUGAGGCAGUGAAGACACCAGGCGUUAACGGUGCGGAGAAUGAAGCCGCAGUGGUUGCAGAGUCUGGCGACGGCGUGGCUGCCAGCAACAGCUCGGCUGCAGCUGAUAGCAUCGCUGCCGCCGCGUCUAUUAACGUGCUGGAGACCUACCUCCAGAACUUCAAUCAAGAGUUGUCAUCAACGACAACGGCGCCGGCUGCUCCUGCUGCAUCAGGAGACACCCAAAGCCAGGACCAACUAGAACAGGUUGCCGCAGUCGCUGUUACACUGUCGGAACUGCCGGAGCAGGUGGCACUGCAGCACCAGCAGCAGCAACAGCUGGAAAUGGUGCAGCCUGUAGCCGAGGCCUCGGUGCCUAAAGAGCAGAUGGUCCAGCCUGCCGCAGUAGAGGCCAUCGAGGGACAACAGGAGUUUGUGGCUGCUCAGGGUAUUACCAUUGGACAACCCCAGCAUAUUUCAGCUGAGGAGCCGACACCAGUCAGUAUAACCCAGAGCCAGGAGGUGCUACCUCAACAGCUAGUAGAAGUUGUCCAACAUGGUGCCGAAGAGGUUCAUAUGGAGUCAACAACAUCAGGGGAGGAUGCUGCAGCCAUGGACAUCACUCAGACACUACAGCUGCUGGCCAAUGCAUCAGCCAACAUUGCAACCCAGCCGGUUGUGAGCCAAGAUGUCAGCGCCCAGCAGAGCAAGCCUGUGGUCACAGUGGCAGACCCGUCAGACACCAUGGGGCAGGCCUUCAUUCAAGGUAUUGAGGGGGCAGGACUGGCUGGACAGCAGAACAUCACCAUACAAGGAAUUGAGGGUCUUCAAAACAUGGAAGGAGAGCAGAUGGUCAUGGUGCAACAUGUGGAUCAGCACGGAAACAUGGUUCAGCAGCAGCAACAGGUUUUGAUGGUUGCUAUGCAAAAUGACGGAAAUACUGGACAGCCAGUGAGUGUCGUUGGCAACAGCAUCGUGUAUGAAAACAGCCAAGGCCAACAGUUUAUUCCUGUCUCUCAAGAUGGAACCCAGAUUGCAUUCACACAGCCGGUUUCCACUGAGGUUACCAGCAACAACACCCAGGUCUACACAAUUGUCCAGGGAGAAGGCGCUGACCAAUCAGGAGUCGAGGUCUCACAGGCUGGCACUGUGGUUGCACAAGAAGGGCCAGUAGUCUCACAGAGCAGUACCGAGGUGGUUCAGGAGGCCGGAGAGGUCCCAGCUGCGGAGCCCACCCAGGAAGAGUUGGAGGAGCAGGCUGUAGCUAAUGCAGCAGCUAUCCAGGAGGGUUCAGUCCCACCCUCCUACCAAAACAAGGAGAAAGUAAUUACCAUCCGCAGGUCCCCCCGCAAACGGCAGCAGGUGGAUGUAGAGGGAGUGGAAGGCGAAUCAGUGGUGGUGGGAGAGGAUCAUGAGGAGGUGGUGGUCCCCAUGAACACCCAGAUUGUGAUCGUCCGGGAGGUGGUAGAAGGCGAAGAUGGCGAGCGAACCAUCCAGGAUCAUUCCGUUUAUGACUUCUACGCGGGAGACAACGAUGACGAGCCUGUCACCAAACCCAGCCUUGACGAUAAGGACUCCCCCAAGAAGCGCAAGAAAUACAUGGUCCCCAAAUUUGAUGAUGGUCGUCUCAUUGAUCAGGUUCUUGGACGGGCUAAGAAGACCCCUGCCAGUCCCAGGGAGCCGAAAGUCCACGAGUGCAACAAGUGCGGCCGUAUCUUCCGCACGUCAACACUUCUGCGGAAUCACCUCAACACGCAUAGCGGCACUAAGCCCUACAAAUGCGAGUUGUGUGAGAAGGCCUUUGGAACGUCUGGGGAGCUGGGGCGACACAUGAAAUACAUGCACACCCACGAGAAACCACACAAGUGCCCCCUGUGUGAGUAUUACAGCGUGGAAGCAAGCAAGAUCAAACGCCACAUGAGGUCCCACACUGGAGAGAAGCCAUACAGAUGUACGCUGUGCGACUACGCAAGCACAGACAACUACAAGCUGAAACGUCAUAUGCGGGUCCACACAGGUGAGAAGCCAUUCCAGUGUGGUGAGUGUGAGCACAGCUUCUCCCAGAAGAGCAGCCUGAAGGAGCACCUAUGGAAACAUGCUGGUUCCCGCCCAGCACACAAGUGCGAGUACUGCGACACCACCUUCGGCCGACAUGCAGACAUGAAGACCCACAUCCGCAAGAUGCAUACACAGGGUCAGCCCCUCAUCUGUAAAAUCUGCGAGAAUGGCUUUACUGACCGCUUCAGCUUCAUGCAGCAUCAGAAAACGCACAAGGGCGAGAAGAUCUACCAGUGUCUGGAAUGCGAAUACUCCGCCCCUCAGAAGCGCCACCUUGUGGUCCACAUGAGAGUCCACACUGGGGAACGCCCAUUCCAGUGCACUGAUUGUCAAGAGACUUUCAAACACAAGCAGACCCUGGUGAAUCACUUGCAGAAGAAGCAUGACAUCCAGCCUGAGCCAGAGGAGGCAUCUCAAGUUGGCUUGAAGCGCAAAAGACGAGAUUCAUCAGAGGUUGGUUCUCCAAGCAAGAAAGUUACCCGUCGACAGAAAAUGGCUUUGCCAGAGCAGCAGCACCAAAUAGUUGAUGAGCAUGGCAACACCUUGCAGCUUUCUCAGGAGGAUGCAGAGGCCAUCCAGGCGGCCAUGCAGCAAGGCACAGCAGACGGCACGCUACAGAUCAUUCAGGGAGAGGAGGGAGGUCCAGUCACUGUCCUCACCGUCGCUCAGAAUCCAGACGGCACAGUGGCCAACCUUGAGCAGAAUCUCCAAAUAGUCAAUGGAUCCUUGACCACUGUCCAACAGCAGGAGCAACCUGAGACGAGCAUGGCCGGAGACAUUCUACCAAGCCAGGUCUUAAUGCAAGUAGGAGGUGAAGACCAGCCCACUACUUCCCAGGAAGCUGAGGGAACCAGUCAACCAGCAGAGGAGGGCACAGAGAAUCAAGCAGAGACAACCCCUGUCAAGUUGAAAACAGAAAAGACGGAGCAGACUCCACAAAAGGCACCAGAAGGCAGUGCUGAGCAAGAAACAGAUUCCGAUGAUGGCCUACCCACGAUGGUCCAACCACAGCUAAAGGUCGAAGGUCAGAAGGCCCAACCUGAAGCUGAGAGCGAACCCAAUGUGAUCACUCAGGCGGAGUCCAUUCUCGUCCCAGCCAAUCAGCCCAUAAGUCAGAACCAGGAGGAAGAGGAUGAUGAAGAAGUUGCCGAUGAUGGAACCAUUUACCUCUUUGUUGAAGAGCAGUGAAGAGGACAUAGUCUUCUGUAAAUAGAAAUGUCCUACAGGGAUUAAUCCCUUUGUCAUUGCUUUACUGCAUUAUGUCAGUGUUAAUUUCCAUUUUAAUGUUUUAUUUCCAUCAGGUUUUUGUUUGUGUCAGGCAAGUUUUUUGGUUCCCUAAUAAUUUUUUUUGGCAUCAUGGCAUUUUUUUUUUAAAGAUUUGGUCGAGGUUAACCCUUCAACUUAAAGAAACAACUUUGAGUAGAUGCUGAAAGUUUCAGGUAACAGAAGUAGUCUUUAUGUAGUAACCAAAUUGAAAUAUAUAUGUCAGAUUUUUGUUUUGUGUUUGCAUGUUGGGAGCACAAACUUUGUCAAGAUGUCUAAUUAGCUGGACAUGUCCAGUAGUUUAUCUUUGAUCAACGACAAUCAUGCUUUGUGGACUGCCCUUUCAUCACCAGCAUAUUUUGGGGUCAGUUGCUUUGAUGAAUAUCAUACAAUUUUUGUUUUUAUCAUUAUUAUUUAGUUUUUUUUUGGUGUUUUAUUUUUUGCCUCACAGCAGACUACUGUUUACACAUUUAAAUCCAAAAACAGAAAUUGUGUUUCUUGAUGAAUUUUUAAUGUCACAUUAGCUGUACAUAUGAAUCAGGACAAAACAAAACUGUUCUUAACCAAUUAAAGUAAAUCUUUAGUUAGAAUUAGUGAUUUGAAGUAAAUUUAGAAGUUAGUACAAAAAAUAGUUAUCAGUUAUUCUUUGUACGUGUAUAAAUCCAAUCACUGUUGUAUGCCAUUUUAAUGAACUUGUUGGUGCAUGCACUUUGUUUCAGGGACAUCAGGAAGUGAAACUAUGAAAUCCAUUUCCCAAAAUGGAAAGGAUUUUUUUUGCUGUUGAAACUAAACUCGCUAUGGCAAAAAAAGAAGAAGAUGAAAACAUUGUCCAGGCGUGAAACUUCCUCGGACCUGCUGAUUUCCUCGUUUUUUUCUUCUCAUGAAUGCCAUUACAAAUUGAAAAAUACUGUACAAAAGCUUGUGUGGUUUGGAAUUUCCUGUUUUUUUCCCUCAGAAUUUUCAGUUGCAUGCCUGCUGACUUGCUGAGUAUAAUUCUCCGCUCGACGCAUUAGGGUUCAGUCAUCAUGUGUCCUUGUGCUAAGAUUUUGAUUGGAAUCAUUUGAAUCCUGCUAUAAUUCAAUGCUUGUGAACCUGUUCUUUGUCACGCUGGUUUACCUAUCGCCGCCUUCCUGAUGAUGCUCCUGAUCAUGAUGUCACACACCUUCCCGAUAAAUGUUAAAUUCUAGAACAGUUUUGCUUAUUUUAAAAGAAUUGUAAAUAGAUUUUCAGUAUUUGCACAAAACUGACACAGAUAAUAUCCUCUUAGUGUUAGUGCACCGCCUGCAAAUUAUAUCCCACAUUGUACUUUUGGUUUUUGAAUGAGUUUAGUGUUGUAUUUGAGCGCGUUUGUUUCGGUACAGAAGCAAAUCCAGAUCCUUAGAACCAGUGCUGUGCUAUAACAAUACUGGGCCUCAUCCAAAGCAAAAAGUGAACACGGACACAGUUAACGCAUGUCAUUUCGAUUGUUAACAUUUUGAAACUUCCGCUGAUCCACACAGUCUCAGGAAGAAUCCCUAAGAUCUGUGGUCCGGUGUAAAGCAAAGGAGCGGAUCGCAGAUCAGGAUCUGGUACAAAACAAACAGGCUCUUUGAGCUCAUUACAAGUCUUUAAAUAUUCUCCCAAGUUCAUCACCAGUCAUCCCAUCCCAAGUCAAAAUAUAUUCAGAUUAACUUUGCCAAAGUAAUUUCUUUGUUAUUGUUCAUCUUCUGUUGCUUGUGGCCAAACUUGUGAAUUUCUGGGACUGGACUUGUAAUGGACUGGAGUUAUUUUAAACGGGGAUUCAUUAUUACUAGAAAUUGUACAUAUAUACUGCUUGUAAAAUGCACAGGGGAUAAAUAUAAUUAUGAUGUACUCCGUGAAGGAUUGUUUCCUUAAUUGUGUGAUUUUUCUUAAGGAAAUAUGUGGACGAACAAAAAAGUUUUCUGUUAUUUUAGAACAUUGAUUGUUAUUCCUUAGAUUGUGGUAAAAAUUGUACUUGACAAUCCGAGUUCCACUUUUGGUUGUUACUUCGCCCCAACCCCCACCCCCAAGUUUUAGGUGCCAACCUUUCAAAACUGGGUAUCAACUGCCAUUCCAUAACCUUUCAAGUACAUGUGUACAGUAUUUGCAGUUUCCUUGGCACUUCACAGAUAUUAUUUUUUAGAUAGUUGCCGCAGAUUUCGUCUUUUUAAAAUUUCAAGUAAACAAAUUCAAACUGUGGUCUGCUAACUGUGGCAUUUGAAUAAACUGUAAUAAGCUUCCAUAA